AUGAUAGUCAAUAAAAGUCCUCUUUAAAUACUAGCCUCAUUUAAUGCAAAAAAUGCAUGGGCCUACAUGCAAAACAAAAGCUGACCAAAACAAUUGUUUGUUUUUUACCAAACUUUGCAUUCCGGACAAGUUACACGAAUAAACUACAUUUCCCUGAAGCCUCCUCAUCCAUGCGCCGCAGUCGAUCAGCUGUUUAAGCAACUGCUGACUACCUCCGCACGAAGGGUAACUCAUUUGUCAUAUCUUAACCCAGGCGAGGCAAACAGAAAUAGCGAUAUUUACAGAGUCCCAAAGGGUGAACGAUAAAGCUCAGCAAACCAUGCAGGAUGAUUUACUGAUGGACAAAAACAAAGCCCAACCUCAUCAGCAGCAAGAUCCAGCAGUAGACCCUCCCUCCACCCCGACCCCCUCGGAUCCCCCUACAUUAGAUGAGAGCCCGUCGAGUGUGAGCAACCAAGCAUCUUCAGCGCUCAACAAAGAGAAAGUGCCGAUGGAGUCUCCGAUCCUGCCAGGCUUGAGUUUUCAUCAGCUGCAGGAAACCGGUGGCACCCUGGCCCCCUCAUUUGGUAGCACUUGGUCUACUGGAACUACGAACACCGUGGACGACAAUUUUAAUCAAGGAAUACCUUCGGUGAACGGAACAAUGCUUUUCCAGAACUUCCCCCACCACAUAAAUCCGGUAUUUGGAGGCAAUUUCUCACCUCAGCUUGGCUUGGCACAGUCUCAGCAUCCACAGCAGCAAGCCCAGCACCAGCCAGCGCAGCAAAGGAGAUCCCCUGUUAGCCCCAACCACGGUCCUUUUCCACAGAGAAACGCUUACAGUCACCCGUCUGUCAUGAAUAGCAAGGCUUCUUCACCUGCCUCAUCUUCGGGUUGGAAUAAUCACCAAAAUGCCACUUGGAGCACAGCCUCCAAUCCAUGGAGCGGUCUCCAGGCAGGCAGGGACCCGCGAAGAGCUGUGGGAGUCGGGGUUGGUGUGGGGGUCGGUGUAGGGGUGCCUUCUUCCAUGAACCCCAUCUCCCCGAUGAAAAAGCCCUAUUCUAGCAAUGUUAUAGCACCCCCAAAAUUCCCGAGAGCUGGUCCCCUCACCCAGAAAUCUUGGAUGGAGGACAACGCCUUAAGGAUGGACAACAGCAACAAUAUGCUGCCUUUUCAGGACCGGAAUCGGCCCUUUGAUGCAUUUAGCUUGCACUCUUUGGAGAAUUCCUUAAUGGAUAUGAUAAGGACUGAUCAUGACAAAGGUAAACCACACCUUGCUGGUGGCCCACCAAUGAGUGUCGCUGAUAUUAUAUGGAGGAAUCAUUUUGCAGGACGCAUGGGUCUGAACUUUCACCACCCCGGAGCAGAGCACAUUAUGCCAUUAAACACCAGGAGCUAUGGCCGCAGAAGAGGUCGUUCUUCACUCUUUCCCUUUGAGGACGGUUUCCUGGACGACGGGCACGGUGACCCCUCUCUGACCCCGGGGUUGGACUCGCCCACGCGCUGUCAGAACGAAGAGCGGAUGGAGCGCUACUCCAGGAAGGUGUUUGUUGGAGGCCUGCCCCCUGACAUAGAUGAAGAUGAGAUCACCAACAGCUUCCGUCGCUAUGGACACCUGGUUGUGGAUUGGCCCCACAAAGCCGAGAGCAAGUCCUACUUUCCACCUAAAGGCUAUGCCUUCCUGCUGUUCCAAGAGGAGACCUCUGUCCAGGCCCUGAUUGAUGCCUGCAUUGAGGAAGAUGGCAAGCUUUACCUGUGUGUCUCCAGCCCAACUAUCAAGGACAAGCCAGUCCAGAUCCGCCCCUGGAACCUAAGUGACAGUGACUUUGUGAUGGACGGCUCCCAGCCGCUGGACCCCCGAAAGACCAUCUUUGUGGGGGGCGUGCCCCGGCCUUUACGUGCAGUGGAACUAGCAAUGAUCAUGGACAGGCUGUAUGGCGGCGUGUGCUAUGCCGGCAUCGACACUGACCCGGAGCUCAAGUACCCCAAGGGGGCGGGCCGCGUGGCCUUCUCCAAUCAGCAGAGCUACAUCGCUGCCAUCAGCGCCCGAUUCGUUCAGCUGCAGCACAAUGACAUUGACAAACGGGUUGAGGUGAAGCCCUACGUCUUGGACGACCAGAUGUGUGACGAGUGCCAGGGGGCGCGUUGCGGGGGGAAGUUUGCCCCCUUCUUCUGUGCCAACGUCACCUGCCUGCAGUACUACUGUGAGUACUGCUGGGCCAGUAUCCACUCCCGGGCGGGCCGAGAGUUCCACAAGCCACUGGUGAAGGAGGGGGGAGACCGCCCUCGACAAGUGUCCUUCCGCUGGAGCUAAGGGGGUCGAGAUGAGCCCUCGCGCCCCCCCCCCCUCCCACCACCUCGACAUCAGUGAAGAGAACUACAAAUACAUGGUUCUUUCUCUUUCAAACUACAACACUUGACUACAAAACUCAUUGUCCAGUGUACCCUUAUGAUAAUAAGGUGAAGAAAAAAAUAAUGUAUUGCGUGAGUCUAUCUGCUUAGAAUUUGCACUGUGGCACAAUACUCACUAAACACACAUGGGAUGGUAUGUUAGAAGAAACCUGAUUUAUGUUUGAGUCCUCUGUUCCAUGGACCGGGUGGGUCAGUGUCUCCUAUAGAACCCCACUGAGCUCUGGUAGAAGUGAUACUAUACAGUACAUAUAUAUUUAAAAGGUAUAUAUUUUUUGGUUUUAUAUAUCUAUCUAUACAUAUAUAGAUAAUUACAUUCUAUGUGAAAGGAACAUGCACUUAUUAUUAUUAUUUUUUAGGAUAUUUCCCCUUGUAAAAAAUAUUACAAAGGAAAAAAUAGAAUUAAUGCAUACAGAAAAUGGAAUAGGUGGCAUAAGAUGUAGCAAGAUAAACAAUUAUCCAGUAGUGUGGGCACAGUAGCCCAGAUAAAACUAACAUGGCUAUAUUUUCUGUCUAUUUUGACUUUGAAAAUAGUAAAAAUGAAUACCUCAAGGCGAAAUCCGAUUUUGCUUUGCUAUUGAUUAGUAGGUCUUUGUUUUUUCUCAACAUUAUUUUCUAGCAUUAUGUUAAUGUAUUGCCAACAAUAGCUUUUGCUGCUAAAUCCAUGGUAUUAACAGAUACCGUAGUAAUUUAUUCAGGCUAGGGUGUUAUAGCCAUUAUGAUCGCACCUGGUGACAAGGAUGAUGACAGGCUAUCAUUGUAGGUAGACUUGCGGUUGGGCCAGUAACCGAAAGGUCGCUGUUUUGAAUCCCCGAGCCGACUGUGAUAAAUCUGUUGAUCUGCCCUUGA